AUGAGUUCGAAAGAUUGCAAACCAAUUUGUUCAAGCACUGCCACCUUGAGAUUGAAGUUAUCGCACGACAAUCGACUCGGAGCUGUGUAUGAUGCAGUUUAUACCUUUAUUGAUAGCCGUCGUUCCUCACGAAAGGCAUCACCUUCUGGACAAAUGGCGGUAGAUCGCGAUACCGUAUCUUUGGUCCUUUUCGAUGAUAAUGUUGACACUGCUUUCGAGAAUGAAAGUUUAUCGAAACAUGAAGAAUUAUUAACAAAGAUGAUGAAAUUUCGUCCUUGUGGUUAUAAUCUUUAUAAUAUUGGUAUUGACAAAGCUUCAGAAAUUAUCAAUAAAUAUUACGAUGCUUCAAAGUAA